AUGGUUUAUUACAUUCGUUAUCUCAAGGCUCCGAGGCUGCAGAAGCAGAAAACAGGCUCCAUCUCCGCCUCCGCGUUGAUCUGCAUCACCACAGACCUGGGCGAUGCAUUCCUCUCACAAGACGUGGAUUUACUCGUGACACUCCAUCCUGCUCAGGCUGAGAAUAAGAUCCUAUGCCAGGAGCGGGUGCAGUGGCAUGGCGGCAAGCGUGAACUUCCCAUUACGUUGGGUCCGCUACCAGCCGGCAUCUCCCAGCUGUCCAUGAUCAUGAAAGUGACCGCCUCCAAAUCAACAUCAACAUCUUCAGACCCGUUGAUGGACCAGCAAAAUAUCCCCCUAGUGCUGUCUUGCUGGAGUACUUCAUUCGGAGGCCGGCAGUCGCUAAUCGCUGAAAAGCUGAUUGAAAGGCGCUUUCGCGUGAACCAGUCUGUGGAACUAAGCAUAUGGGAAGAAACCGGGAAUAGCAUUGCACGGCAUAUCUGGGAUGCAGCAAUUGCUUCGGUUAUGUACCUGCAGCAAAUACUUGCUAGAGACCCGAAGUCAGCCAACCCGGUCCUGCAGAAGAUUCUGCAAAGUGAGCGUGGAAGCUCUCUCAAUGUAAUUGAGCUAGGCUCGGGAUGUGGGAUUGUUGGGAUCGCCUUAGCAGAUCUACUACCCCAGUGCUCUGUUCUACUCACAGACCUUGACGAGGUUGAAGAGAUCAUUACAAAGAACAUCGAGGCUGCGAAGCCAGCGCAUGCCUCGAAAAUCCAGUAUCGGCCGCUUGAUUGGGAAGAAGAGCUACCAGAUGAUCUCUUCGACACGCCGUCUGUCGAUUUGGUUCUCGUUUCGGACUGCACUUAUAACGCCGACAGCCUGCCAGCCCUAGUGUCAGUAUUAGGUAGACUGGUCAAGCUGUCCCCGGAUGCCGUGAUCCUUGUAGCUCUAAAGCGGCGACAUGAAAGCGAGAGUAUUUUCUUCGACUUGAUGCAGUCCGCUGGGCUGGAGGAUCUUAACUCGCACCACAUGGAGCUCCCGUCCCAACACGAACAGUGGGAUGAAAUUGAACUACACUGCUAUGGCAGACGUUCUCAACAUGUCAUUUGA